GAGCUAAGCAGGAACCUGUGCUAGACCACCCAGAGCACCCUUGUACGACGUACGCCCUCUAGUGUUAUGGCUUCGUGGCGCCGCUAGGUGCCUGUUGGCCGCAGCGAUUCGAGAAAGGCAGGCCGGCGUGCGCGGAGGAAGCUUAUGCGUGAGCUGCGACUGAUCAAUCAGCUGGGCCGUUACACCAUCUAAGGCCUGGGUGCAGAUACAAGUGCGGUAUCACAAUGCCACCGCGAAUGAAGCACAAGAGUUGGGGACAAGAUCAUUCAUACAAGGAAGCCUGGCGGCGAUCGGCCAUAGGUAUAGCAGAGACCGACCGAUCAUGUCUGGUUUCAGGCCAACAGGGACAAAGAAACUUACAAUCCACAGCAGCGACGGCUCGUCUCGGACUGCCGUCUGCAAGGUGGCACGCUAUCCCUUCGCGCUGCAGAUGGCAAGAUGCGUUUAUGGCCACUUAUUGCUCCCGUGCAGUACCAGCACGUUCUGGCCGCAGGAGUCUUCGCGGACACGGGGCGUCGCUGGCAACGGGGACGCGAGCGCGGAGUUUGUUCUGUGGGAGGGGACCAAUUCGGACGGCGGCAGCGUCGAAGCAGACAGAAGAGGCGCGUCAGUGGAUCAGCGAAAACGCAUACGACCCCGGCUUGUGGAGCUGCCUGGUGGCUGGCGGUAACGAGGGGAUAGGGAGUAGGAGCCGCCGACCGGAUGGCGGGAGCGCGGGUGGAAGAGCGACGCGCAGGGCAAAGGGAGCGUGCGAGAUUCAAGCUGCUAAUAGUGAGGGCGAGCGCAGCGAUCCCGGGCGGGUGCUAGAUUGCGUAGGCGUUCAAAAGCGUAGUGCGGGAGGUCUCGACGGGGGGAGAUGGGUUCGAAUUAGCUUCAGGGUACCGCCCUGCAGCGAACUCGGGAGGGACCCAACACCGCCGACAAAAGCACUCUUGGCGAGUCGACCGGCGCCUGUUAGCUCGCGCGUCUGCUGAAGAAGAUUAAGUUGCCGUAUCCGUACGAGCUCGCGAUCGCAAGGCCAAAGUAAAUAUAGAUUCGCACAUGCGGUGAGGGAGCUCUGAG